UCAAUCCUCACCACCUCUUUCAAUCAACUUCUCUAACUCUUCCUCUUCCAAGAUUUCUUCUUCAGCUAGUUAAUUUCUCAACAUGAGCCAAGCAGCAGCGAGAGACAAACCUGUCUCACUCGCAAGAACAAAGCGCAAGGUUAGAAUUGUGCAUAUAUUCACACCGGAGAUCAUCAAGACCGACACCGAGAAUUUUAGCGCCCUAGUGCAGCAGCUGACUGGGAAACACUCAAAGCAGAGAAGAACUAAGCUGAAAGCCAUCGUGAAAUCACGGUCUCCGCUUUCGAGCACGACGAUCGCCGGGGAGUUGUUAUUGCACCAAGAAGAGACGACUGCGGCGAGGCCCUCCAGUCAUGGGAUGCUGAAGGAUGAGAGUUUCUGUGGCGGAUUGUCGAGUGGAUUCGGAGACGCCGCCGAAGGGGCAAUGUUUCAGGACUUCGACAUGUGCCAUUGAUGUGUUCGAUCAAUUGCUUCGCAGCAAUGCCCACUGUGUGAUAUGUGGUUCAAUUAUUACUCGACGACUUGAAUAAAUGGAAUGAACUUUUUAUUUCCUGGUUACAACAAGAUACGAUGCAACAUA